AUGCUAAGUCACCUCUUCAGCCUCGGUAUCGCUGCCUCAGAACUCUCCGUCAAUGUUGUGAGGAACAAACCGAGCGCCACGUGCGGCCAGUUCAAGGCGCAAACAUCGCCAGACGAGGCCUUAGAAGGCAAAGUUCGUCAGAUAAUUUGUCGACGCAGAGUCAGGUCAGAAGAUGGCAGCCGCGAUGGAUUGAGCAUCACGGAUAGCGACUUUGAGCUGCUGCAUCUCCACCCUGCCACCCUCCAGUAUGUCCGUCGCACCACCUCCGAAUCCAUGUUCUGGGACAGGCGACAUGAGAAGUUGAGCAUUGUGCUCUCAUUCUCUGCUGAUCCCAGAGCGCCGUUUGACUUCCUUUCAAUGACUUACAGCAUUCCUGAUCGCACAACAACCGCCUUCAUCCGUCAGUCCUUCGACCCGUACCACCAUGCUGUUGAUGAGCUCGAUGAGUACGGUGAGCGGAUGGAAGCCUGUAGAUCGCAUUGGUCACAUCCAUUGGCCACUCCUGUCGUUCUGCUGCAGGCACAAUUUGCCCGCACUGAGGAGGCUAUUGCCGAGAACAACGUCGAGGUGACAGUCGUCGAAGCUGACGUGAGUAACAUGGCUGGCUUCCACGCCUAUGAAGGCCGCACACGGGGGCGUUUGAGCUUUUCGAGAAGCCCUAGCCUUGUUGGCCCGCAGGCCAUGCCAAAGAAGACGACAGAACUUAUGAAGAACGCCCAUGACGUCCUAAAGAGAUCAAUCCGCCUGUUAGAUACUAUCAGAUGGAUGGAGCGUGCCGUCAAGAUUCUGCUGGAUGCUGGAGAUGCGCUUGAUGCCGUCAUGCAGGAUGACGACGAAACUGGACCGCCUCUUGACGUUCCAGUUCCCCUAUCCGCCCGCGGACGAGUUGGCACCACAUUAUUGCGUGCGCGCAUUCUCGAGAACCCAAUGAGCAGUCAUUGGCAUGAAAUUCGGCAGUACCUAGAAGGUCUCUUACAAUUGUGCAUGGCGCUUGGUACCGAACGAGUCAUGCUAGAGUUGAGGUGCAAGGCACAGAUCGACAUUAUAUAUAGUAAGAUGGCACAAGAAGACAACAAUCUUAACGCACGAAUGGCGGUGGCUAGUUCACGCGACAGCUCAUCGAUGAAGGCUCUCGCUGUCAUCACCGCCAUAUUCCUCCCGGGCGAGUUUAUCGGCACGCUCUUCGGCGUCUCAAUGUUCGACUGGCAGGACAUUGACACUUCGGACGAUAACAAUAGCAGUGGCUCGGUGAACGACAAGCAUCCCAUCGUGAGCAGUCGCUUCUGGGUCUACUGGGCAACCACGCUUCCCCUCACCAUCGCCAUUCUCUGUUUCUGGCGCGGUUGGUGGGUUUGGCAAGAUCGAUAUUUCCGGAAGCACCUGAGCAGGGAAUUGAGCGAGGAGCGAUACUGGACAGACAAUGGCCAACCACGAGAUCUGGGUUCGUCUUUCAUCCAUGACUUCUUCUACUUGUCAGUGAGGAGAGGAGAAGGAGGUAAUAAUGACAGAAUGGGCACUCUUUCUGCCUCGACAACUCUAUCCAAGUCGAGUGCCGAGAACACCAUCUUCGGCAAAUCGAGCAAGGCUAUGAGGAUGCCCGCUUCCGCUCAAAGUGAGCUUGAAGUCAAGGAGCCUCAUCGCUCGUUUAGGUUACGGCAGAUAGCAUUUGCCAAUCCAGAUCGGCGGAAGAGCAGCCGCACGAUAGUAUAG